AUGCAGAACUUCAGGUGCAAGGUCACCAACCCGGCCCGCUCGAAAAAGCUGGGCGUCGCAAAGGCCCCGGUCGCUUGCCGAGACGAUUCGAAGAAGUGCGUCGCUGGUCCGAAGCAGAUGAUCGCUUGGAACCAAGCCGAAGGAAACAACGUCGCGGACAUUGGUUACAGCCCGGGAUACAACGCCAGGAUGGGCUUCAAGCCAGGCGCUCAGACGGACAUUUUUGUCUAG